AUGGCUAGUUUAAAUUUUUGUGUAUCUUGUAAAUGUUCCCUCGAGCCUCCUAAUGCCAGUUUUUGUUCACAAUGUGGGUCACUGCAGUCUUCAUUGAAAUCAUUGUGCAUGAAUUGUAAAGCACAACUUCCUCCUAAUGCUUUGUAUUGUGUCAGUUGUGGUUUGUUCCAAAUACACCCACAAAACCCAGAUUCUUCUAUGAAACUGUGUAUACACUGCAAAGCUCAAUUACAUCCUAAUGCUACCUUUUGCGAGAAGUGUAGCAAAACUCAAUCUCUAGAAUUUCAAAGAGUUCCAUGUAUACUUUGUAAUCGUUCAUUAAAAUCAAAUACUCAGAAUUGUUCAUUUUGCUCAGCUCCACAAGAUCCAGAAGAAUUUAGCAAGCAAUCUUUCAAAGAGUGCCUUAAAUGUGGAGUUCGUUUGUUGUUUGAGGCACAAAUUUGUCAUAACGGAGAUUGCUUUGCGUAUCAAGGCAUUGAAGGCAAUCCUAUUCUUCCUACACCUAAUGUUACAAUAAAUCUUGAUGUUAAACAAUUGACUGAUGGUAAAGUUGAUCCUUCUGAUGAUCAAAAAUCCAUUCCAGAGCUGCAACCACAACUAAGCGACCAACCAAAAGAAGAGCAGUGUAAAUCUCAGCAAGAUUCAAUGGAUGCUAGUGUCAUUCCAUUAGGGCAAAUAGUUGGUCCACUAAAACGUUCUGGUGAUGAUGAAAAUGAAUCUGAUGACAAGAAGAAAUUAAGAAUGUCUGAUGCAGCAGCUGCUGCUAGUGGAGCUGUUGUGCAGCAAAAAGUUAACACAUAUGGUAUUGAUGAAGAAGGAGAAAUUGAUACUAAGUCACUAGAUGGUGAUCAUCAGGUAGCGACUGUUGAUACUCGAAAAAGGAAACAGGCUGAUCACAAUGACUCACAAGGUUCCUUUACCCCUCCGCUUGCUAAGAAAGUAGAAGAUGACUCACAUAUUACUCGGACACAACAAGAUAGAGAUCCAAAAGAAAUUGAUGUUGAAAGAAAAAGCUUACAGACUAUAAUAUGUGUACAAGCUGAUCCAAAUAAACUGGAGGGCAAUGAUGAAAAGACAAAAGAAAAGGAUGGGCAAGAGAAUCAAUUAGCAGAAAUGACAUUGCCAAACAAACAAGAAAUUAUCACUAAUCAAACAGAUCCAUCAGGAAGCACUGAUGUAUUGGGACUUUCAUCAACUCCUUCAUCUGCUACACCAUCACUGCCAGCCCUUGUUGCUGCUCCUAUUGUCUCAUCUAUUGAUCCUGUUGGUUCUACUUCAUCUGCUUCUGCUUCUCUGUCUCCUAAUCUGUCUCUUGCUACUGUUACUUCAUCUCCAGCUACUUAUACUUUCGUUACUUCAUCUCUUGCUUCGUGGGUUACUUCACCUUCAGAGUCUGUUACUGGUACUCCAUUUCCUAAUUUAUCUCCUGUACUUGCUACUUCAUCUUCAAAUACUACCACUCCAACUCCUAGCUCAUCUAAUUCUGCUCUUGCAUUUACUUUGCCUUUGGCUACUGCUACUUCAUCUCCUACUUCUGCUACUCCAUCUACUAAUUCUUCUCCUACUACCAUUACUCCAUCUCCUAAUGAUGCUGUUACUCCAUCUUAUUCAGCUCUUGCUCUUGUUUCUUCAUCUCCUAAUCCUAUUACUUCAACUUCUGCUGCUGCUACUCCAUCUCCUAAUCCAUCUGAUGCUAGUUCUACUUCAACUCCUCCUACAGCAGAGUCCUCUCUUCCUACCUCUGUUACAAGUCAUAUUAGUAAAUGUCCUUCUGAAUCUGGCAAUGUACCAAGUGAUAUGGCAGAUGUAGUUGUUAGCGACAGACCAAUUGAGCCUGUUGUUGAUCCUCAAGAGCAGACAACACCAGUUAAAAGUGAUAGUCCUAAACCUAAAGCUAAAGGCGGCAAAGGUGAAAAAGUAGGGAAAAAAGAUAAAGCUAAAGUAGAUAAACAAAGAGAUCAGUUUGAAAAGAAACCAGAAGAUUCUGUGAGUAAGCAGAAAGAGCCAAGCAAUCCAGUUCCCAACAUACCCAAGGCUCCCCUCUUUGUUUUGAAUCAGCCUAAAGAAAAGUCAAUGAAAAUAAUAUUUUGUGCUGUAAUUCACUUAGACAGUUGGCACUAUGAGGAAGGAAAGUCUUCUAUUUAUUUAAGAUUUGCUGAAAAAGAACUAGGAGAUUGGAAAACUGACAUUGGCCCCUGUGAUUUAGCAAGAGAUGCUGGAGAAGGCUUUCAUGUAGUCAAAUAUAAGAUGACAGUUGAUUGUGAGUUUAUGAGAAGGCCAAGAAUCGGCUUGUGCUACAAAUAUGUGGUAUAUUCUCCAAAAAUGAUUGCUUUUACUCAUCAAUAUGAAAAACUACAUGGAGCCCCACAUUCCGCAUCUCAUGAAACUAACAGAUUACUAAAGAUUCCUCGGGAUAAAUUGAAACCAGGAGUAAUUUACAGACAUUUUGAUACAAUGAUAUUUCCUGACGCUAAAGUUAAAGAAGAAAUUGGUACUGUUAAGAAAAUGUGGAAUUAUGUGUCCUUUUGGAACAAGAAAGAAUCAGAUGACUUAGACACGAUUACUGUUCCAUCUCCACUUAUUAUGCGUUCAAAAUGUAUGGAAAUUCACUUGGAACCAACAAGAAAAUUGCUUACAUCUGAAAAAUUUAAAGCCAAGUUUACUAUUCAAGAUGGGAUUGAUGGCAUUUUGGGUUUAUUUAAAAAUAUUUAUGUUCAAUUUAUUGAGCAAGGAUUAACUGCUCAGAAAUGGUGUAUUGAUGGACUUAAUCCUGUAACAUGUGAAGUCAUGGUUUGA